CGCUCUAGUAGUAGAGACCUAGAGGGUCAUGAUUAUGUUAUAUCCGACCAUAAUUUGUCAGUUUUGCGUUGUCGGCACACAGAAUGCACACAACACACUCACAUUCCACAAUUGUUUACAGAAUCGACAGGUGCAUUCCCAAUUCCGCGUAAGGAGUGAAGGAUACACGCAGAUGCCAAAACGAAUGCGAUAUAUGUAUUAAAAAAGUGCGUUUCGUGCCGCACUUGCCACAUGUAAAUUGAAGUUCAAUACAUAUAAGAGAGCAAUUCCAAUCCAAUGUAGACAUCAUCACGAUGAUUCUGGGAAUGAUCUCGGUGUGCAGCGCUGUUGUGAGUAGUUGAUGCUUCAAGUGUAAAUAAGGAAGACGCCGGUGAUGCCAUUUGAGAAUCACCUCGCUGGGGCUGAAAAUAUUUGGAAUGAGUGGACCGCAGCCAUAGAUUUGGCGCUACGAGACGAGGCCGAGGAUGACAAAAGGUACGAUGAUUGCCUAGCAGGAGCACCCGUGUUUAAGAACCUCGCGCUUAACUCCCAAGAAAUGGUGUGCUCUAUAUUGAAUACGGGCUUCAAUAUCCGUUAUGCGGACAGCUUCACACUGGAUUCUGAGAAUGCCAAUCGGUAUGUGGUUGCAGACACGAACGCUUACUUCAUUAACCAGGGUAUUGGAGGUUCAUGUGGUGUCGUAGGUGUAGCCACCAUGUUGGCAGAUUCGACCUGAAUUGUGUGGGUAAAUUCCUCAACGACGGCCAAGAAGUACCAGCCGCGCGCGUACUUGCUUGAAAUGAGGGACAGAGCGGAUAAUGAAGAGUGCUUAAACCCAAGUACGAGCGUUGGAUGCCCAGUUAGUGCAACAUAUAUUCUAAUAUCCUCCUUAAAAGAUUCAGCUAAUGAAUCUAUUCUUUCACAGAGGAACAAGACUUGAACCGGAUACGAAGAAAAAUAUGAAAUGAGCUUAUUCACCCCUGUAUUAGAGACUGUUGCAGACCAAAAUGACGUAGCAGACUCAGAGAAUGCCCAAUAUAGUAGUUCUUUGCCAGACGUAACAUUUUAUUGCGAAUAGUUGGGGUUCAAGGGCUGUACACCAACCUCCG